GCAGCUGCAGAAGGGAGAAAUCACGGCAGAAUCACCAAGCCCAAGACCUUAACACUCAAGAGUAGUAUCCACAAAAUAUUUCUAUUCUUUAGAAAGAACUGAAGCUCCACUGCAGUAGCUCUCGACCCGACCGACCCGACCGGGGCUCACUGCAGGAAAGUACAGCAUUCAAGACCAGCUAUUUCCUGUCACUACCGAGAAACCUGAAAAAUGAGACUUAGAGUGAAGUAUUCGAACUCCAAGAUUUCCCCAGCAAAGUUCAGCAGCACAACAGGCAAAACCCUGGUCCCGCCUUGCAAAAUAAGAAGAUCCCAACAGAAGACCAAAGAAAUCUGCCAUGUUUACUGCAUGAGACUCCGUUCUGGUCUCACCAUAAGAAGGGAGACUGGUUAUUUUAGGAAAGAACCCACGAAAAGAUAUUCACUAAAAUCGGGUAGCAAUCAUGAAGCGAGCUUCUCUGCCUAUCCACAGGAUUCUGGGAAUAGAUCCCUGCUUGACAGCAUCAAAGCAUUUUCUGCGUCAGUUGACACAUUGAGCAUCCAAGGAACUUCACUUUUAACACAAUCUCGUGCCUCUCUGAGUACAUACAAUGACCAAUCUGUUAGUUUUGUUAUGGAGAAUGGAUGUUAUGUGAUCAAUGUUGAUGAUUCUGGAAAAGACCAAGAAAAAGACCAGGUGCUACUACGUUACUAUGAGUCUUCCUUUCCUGCAAGUCAAUCAGGCGAUGGUGUGGAUGGGAAGAAGCUGAUGGUGAACAUGAGUCCUAUCAAAGACACAGACAUCUGGCUGCAUGCCAACGACAAGGACUACUCUGUGGAGCUUCAAAAGGCUGACGUCUCGCCGGAACAGGCCUUCUUCGUCCUUCACAAAAAGUCCUCUGACUUUGUUUCAUUUGAAUGCAAGAACCUUCCUGGCACGUACAUAGGAGUAAAAGAUAACCAGCUCGCUCUAGUGGAGGAGAAGGAUGAGAGCGGCAACAAUAUCAUGUUUAAGCUCUCUAAAAUCUAAACCAGUAAAAAGCCUGUGAGUUCUGGGUUGAAUGACUUAAUGUUUCCAACUGAAGAAAGGCUAACAGAGAAAGAGAGCCAUUCUUGGCUUAAGAUGAUGUGGAAUGUUAUUAUACAGAAAAAUUCUUUUAUUUGCUUUUGUACAGCUACACGUUCCAUAAACUCAUGAAUAUAUGACAUAAGGCAUCGGGAAAGAAACUGAAAGAGAUUCAGCCUUGCCCUUUCCUUUCUUCUGCCUUGAGUCCUGUAUGAAAUCACACUCGCAGACUUCUUCAGAAGAGCACGCAUCACAGCUCAUGGUUUGCUUUAUUUAGAGAGGGUCCAUUUAAAAAACCUUCACAACAACAAAACAAACAAACACAAAACACCUAUUUCUCUGGUUCUAAACAAAAGAUUGUAAUACUAGAGCAGUUAGUGGGAGGACCACCUAGGGGGAGGACCAGCUAGGGGGAGGAAUAGCUAGGGGGAGGAACAGCUAGCAGGAGGGACAAAUGCCUCCAUAGAUGCCCCAGGCAAUCCUCAGAUGAGCCCUUUCUGUCAAGAGUGAUGUUACCUGUGUUUGUUUCCUUCAUGGGGGGCUGCAACCCUAUAGGUGGAACAACCAUAGGAACUAACCAGUACCCCCCAGAG